GUACACAAUUUUCACAGUUGUGCGCUUCAUUUCAUUUAACAGCGAGAAUGGAUAUGCUUCAAAGUGCCUACGGCGUGCAGGUCUUCGGGUUUGUGGCUGAUGUUGUUGCCAUUGCUACAGUUGGCUGGUUGCGGACAUAUAGCAGUAGAAUAGGAUUAUUUAAGAUUUGCUCCGCCUUCUCAUGUUACCAAGUUGAAUUUUCUGGCAAAUUGUCGACCAUGAGGGGUGCGGUCUGUCUUGGUUUCAUACUACUAUUAAUCUCUGUCAUUAUGGCAAGUGUGUACAUAUUCAAACAAAAUGUGAGAGGUUAUAAAAAGUACCGAUGGGCAGUGGCAAUAAUGGUGCUUUUAGGAGGUAUAUUUGGAUUUGUCGGUCCACUUUUUGGCAUCGGGAAUUACGGCUUUACUCCAAGCUAUUCAUUAUACAUAGCUUUAUUGGCGGGAAUCCUGUCUAUAGUUGCUGGUAGUUUGCACAUAGUUGCGGUUAAAAGAACUGUCUUCGAAUGAGGAAAUUUCCAAUUCCAAGGUGCCAAACCAUGUACAACGAUUUUUCCCGUUUAAUUUGCACUAUUAAAAAAAAAUUGUAAAGAAAAUUAAUUUUUUUCAAAUUUUAUUUUGUUUGAAAAUAAACGAUUUCAUGUUUA